AUGAAAACUGAACGGGAUCAAGAAAAGAAGGAGCAGGAGCAAGAGGUCGAGAAUGAGAAGAUUAGCCUCGAGCGAGAUGAAGAAUCUCAACGCCCUGCUACUGCUGAAUCUAGCUCCGGUAAAUCAGAUCACAAUGACCAAGACACUAUCGAACCUGUUAUGCUGGGUGAACCUCUGGGUCACAUAGACACUCGACCGUCUCUUAAACAUGCCCAGUCUAGAGCUUCAUCUGCACGAUCAAAGGCGCUUUCUGUUGUUCCUAGAUCAAAGAGACGUGGAUUGCUUGCCAGGUUCACACUGGUUCCAGAGAUUGCCCAUCCUCCUGAUUAUAAGAGUUCGACAAAAUGGUGUCUUACAUUUAUUGUUGCUUUGGCUACUGCUGCUGCACCUUUGGGCUCGACUAUUGUAUAUCCUGCUCUUCCUGUCCUGGUCAAAGAGUUCAACACCACCGAGACAAUCACCAACUUAUCAGUCGCCCUUUACAUGAUCUCCAUGGCCAUCUUCCCUCUCUGGUGGUCCUCUUUCUCAGAGGAAUUUGGACGGCGAACCAUCUACCUUAUCUCAUUCAGCAUGUUCGUCGUCUUCUCCGUCCUCUCAGCCAUCAGCAAGAACAUCACCAUGCUCAUCAUCUUCCGCAUGUGCGCCGGCGGCGCUUCUGCAAGCGCCCAUUCAACAGGUGCAGGCUCCAUAGCUGAUCUUUUCGAGGUGUAUGAACGUGGAAGAGCCAUGAGUAUCUUCUAUCUUGGUCCUUUGCUGGGCCCCAUGAUUGCCCCUGUUGUUGGUGGCGCGUUGACGCAGGAGAUUGGAUGGCAGGCCACGAUGUGGUUUCUUGCCAUAUACGGACUUGUUGUGCUUCUUAUGAUUCUCUUUUUCCUACCGGAGACAUUGAAGCGCAAGCCUGAAACUGUCUUGCCCACUGCAGAUACUCAAGAGCUCAGUCGAAUGCGUACCAUGGAUUCAGCCAAGGUUAAGACCAAGAACCUUGCCAAGUCCGCGCGAAGAUUCAUCGUUGAUCCUCUUGGAGUUCUUCUUUACCUUCGCUUCCCACCUGUUCUAAUUACAGUCCUUCUCGCUGCCAUCGCCUUUGGGUCUCUUUACGUUGUCAACAUCGCAAUCCAACAAAAGUUCUCCCGAGAACCGUACAACUUUGGCCAACUAUCUAUCGGGCUCAUGUACAUCCCUUCUGGGCUGGGUUAUAUUGUCGGCUCCUUGUGUGGUGGGCGAUGGAUUGAUAAGAUCAUGGCUAGAGAAGCUCGCAAGGCAGGCCGCUAUGAUGAGGAUGGAAACCUUAUAUACCUUCCUGAAGAUCGUAUGAGAGAGAACGCUUGGGUUAUGACCACGAUGUAUCCACUCGCACUGCUCAUGUUUGGCUGGGUACUUCGUUACGGUUUACAUCCUGCAGUGCCAUGUGUAGCCCUUUUCCUAUUCGGAAUCUCCUCAAUGCUUGUCUUUUCUGUUGCGACAACCAUGCUCACAGAGCUCAUUCGCAAACGAAGUUCUUCAGGUGUUGCGGUCAACAACUUUGUUCGUAACACACUCAGUUGCAUAGGCGCCAUUGUUGCCGCUCCGUGGAUCGAGGCUAUCGAUGUUGGUUACAUCAGCAUCUAUUUGCUGAGAAAGAACGCGACCAAGUGGAGGAAGACUAUGGACGAGGCACUAGGCCAAUAG